AAUCCGAUCUUCCCGGAAAAAUAUUUCCGGCGCCGAUACAGGAUGUCAAGGGACCUGUUCUUGGUCAUUCUACGGGGCGUCAGAAACUACGACCCCUACUUUCAAUGUAGGCGCGAUGUAACAGGUGCGUUAGGCUUCACCUCCUACCAAAAAUGCUCCGCGGCUAUUCGCAUGCUCUCAUAUGGAAUGCCUGCGGAUAUAUUCGAUGAGUAUCUUCGAAUGGGUGAGAGCACCUGUCUUGAGGCCAUGUACAGGUUUUGCCGAGCCGUGAUUGCCGUGUUCGGAGAGUACUGUAGGGAGCCAAAUCUUGAGGAUACAAGGCGCCUCCUGUCUAUCAACGAGUCUAGAGGCUUCCCAGGAAUGAUUGGCAGCAUAGAUUGCAUGCACUGGCAGUGGAAAAACUGUCCAUUUGGAUGGCAGGGUGCGUACAUCGGGCAUGAGGAAGGAAGAACUGUCAUUAUUGAAGCUGUCAUAUCUCAAGAUUUAUGGAUUUGGCAUUCAUUCUUUGGCAUGGCCGAGUUCGACCCCUACUUCAAGCUCAAGCUCGACGCUGUAGGCGUUGUCGGGUUCUCGUCCAUUCAGAAGUGCACUGCCGCCAUGAGGAUGCUUGCAUACGGAGCACCUGCCGAUACACAGGACGACUACCUUCGCAUGAGUGAGUCUACUGCCAUUGAGUGCAUGUACAAGUUUUGCCGAGCUGUGAUGGGAAAGUUUGGCAAAUACUAUUUGAGAGGGCCAACUGAGGAAGAGACUGCAAGGAUCAUGGCACAAAAUGCUGCCAGAGGAUUCCCUGGAAUGCUUGGAAGCAUCGAUUGCAUGCACUGGGCAUGGAAGAACUGCCCGUUUGCUUGGCAAGGUAUAUACAAAGGGCGUCAUGGAUAUUGCAGUGUGGUGCUUGAAGCUGUGGCAGAUUAUGACCUGUGGAUUUGGCAUUCUUUCUUUGGCAUGGCGGGAUCAGACAAUGACAUCAACGUGUUGCAGCAGUCUCCGGUGUUCAGCAGACUAGUGGAAGGGCAUGCUCCACCAUGCAACUAUGAGAUCAGUGGCCACGAAUAUACCAAAGGUUAUUAUCUAACCGAUGGUAUA